AUGGUCACGCUCAUCACUGAGAAGCUGCAGAACCAGAGCCUGGACGACCUCGCCCGCAAGACCUACGAUGGCAGCCUGUGUCCCACCGAGAAACUGAACAGAAGCGGUGGCAUAUUCCCGUUUGAACUCCAUGCCGACAAGAGCCCCUGGAAGGUGGUCAGCGGAGGCCGGCCCGGCCGCAGCGAGGGGCCCCCGGUGCCCGCCUUCGCCUUCUCCCCCGGCCCCUUCGCCGCGGUGCACUCCAUGGGCCGCUCACAGCCGUGCGUGCUGGACGAGAGGCCAGGGCGGCGCAAACGCCGGCGCGACGAGGACACACGCUGGCCAAGGCCCGCGCUGGACUUCCUGAAGAUGACACGGACACUGAAGAACUCCAAGAGCCUGUGCUCCCUGGACUACGACGAUGAGGACGAGGACGACGCUCACGCCAAGACCGUGGUGUCGUCGCCGUGUGACUCGCAGGACCUGCCCAGCAGCGCCACACCGGGCUCCAGCCCCGCGAGGGUCCUGCGCCCCUGGACGCCGCGGGACAGCGAGAGCGCAGGGGUCCCCAGCGACGGGGACAGCGCGGAGGAGGAGGAGGGCAUCUUCCCGCUGGACUGUGCUGACCUGGACCUGGAGCAGAUCGAGAACAACUGA